AUGGGUAAUUGUUGUCCGAAGGGUGAUGCACAUUCAGAGAAAAGCUCAAUUGCCAACAUUAUAAGCGAGGAAGCUGAGUUGACAAAACUAAAAGCUACCCAACCUAUGCAAUCAAGCCAAAACUUAGUUACAAGUAGCAAUGCAUUGACAGUACCAAAAUCAAAAGGGCAGAUAAAUAGGGAGGAUUUCGUAAAAAUUGAUAAACUAGGAUAUGGCGCAUUUGGAAUAGUGUUUAAAGUGAGAUAAAAAACGACAAAUAAAAUAUAUGCAAUGAAAUAGAUAGAGAAGGAGAAGAUAUUCAAAAACAAGUUACAAAACAAUACAGUUUUAGAGAGAAAUGUAUUAAAGCAGAGCAAGCACCCUUUUAUUGUUCGAUUAAAAUAUGCAUUUCAAACAAAUUCCCAUAUUUAUUUUGUAAUGGAAAACAUAGCAGGUGGAGAAUUCUACAAGAUAUUGAGUCAGGUGAAAACAGGAUUGCCAGAAAACGUAGUGAAAUUUGUGGGUGCAGAGGUAGUGUUGGCUCUUGAAUACUUAAAUACAAAAUUAAAAGUUAUCUACAGAGAUUUAAAACCAGAAAACUUGUUGCUGACAACUACUGGGCAUGUAAAAUUGACAGAUUUUGGAUUAGCUACCAUGAGAAGGGAAAAUGGAGAGAAAUCAUAUACUGUUGCUGGAACUGCAGAAUAUCUUGCCCCAGAAAUAGUGAAUAAAUCAGGACAUUCGUAUGAAGUAGACAUUUGGACUUUGGGAAUUUUAAUUUAUGAGAUGAUUAACGGUUUCACUCCUUUUCGAGAUUCGAAUAAUGAUUUCAAAGUAAUCUCACAGAAAAUUAUUGAAAACCAACCCAUAUAUCCAGAAAAGAUGUCUCCACAAAGUGUGGACCUGAUAAAAUAGAUCUUGUAAACCAAUCCAUCUGAGAGGUUAGGAGUGAAGGGAGAUGGAUAUGCUGAAUUAAAAAGACACUCAUUCUUUAAUGGUAUUAUAUGGGAUUAGAUGUCGAAUUUGAAAGUGACUUCGCCUUUGAAGACCUUUGCUGAGAGAAAUACCCAGAAAAUGAAUUUGAUUAGUAAACAACCUUAGAAUUUUCAAAACACUCCUUGUAAUCCCUAGAGUCCUAAACUUAAAAUUGAUGGAAUCACUUUUGAUGGAGAAGGUACCUUAUCUUCACAUUUUUGA